AUGGCCGCCACCAGAGCUCGCACAGAACUCGCCGCAGCCGCAGCCUCAACCCCCAAAAAUGACACAUCCCUAGACUCUUCCCGCCAAGCGGCGCCCACCCCGGCUGAUGCCUCUACCGACAACACCCCGGCACGCCGCACCACCACUCGCACCCGCAAGCUCCCCAGCCGUCUCCUCCCUUCGCCUUCGCCUCCCCCCUCUCGCCCCACCUCGCUCUACAACGCAGCCAAGCAUGCAAAGGGAGGCAGAGACUCGGCAGACCCCACAGACGCCUCAUCCGCGCUCUCCUCCCCUACAUCCGCAUCCGCAGCACCCACUCCAAAGACGCGAAAGCCAAGGCCUCCCGACGUCGAAGACCCUCUCGCCGAUCCAGACACCUCCCUCGACACCUCCCAAGAUCUCGGCCCGGGCAAGCGCAAGCGUCGCCCUAGCAGCAUGUACAAGCCGCCUUCCACCUUGACCUCGGUCGAAACGCCUUCGCCUGCCACCAAUCUCGCCGCCACCGCCGCCGCCAAAGCAAAGAAGAAGGGCCGCAGCCAGAGCCCAGACACCUCGACUCAAACCACCACAGCCUCGGCCACCAAACUCAAGCGUCGCUUGUCCAAGGGCAAGUUCGAGUCCACCCCUUCGUCUCUGAACAAGACAGACGCCGCCCACAUCCACGCCGACGAUUCCGAAGCCGAGCUCGAGUCCAUCCGCCACUCGAGCGCCUCCAAGCGAGCCCGACUGGACGAUGCCGACGAUCUCGAUCUCUCGCCUCCUCCUCUGCUCCCACGCGACGGAUCCGCACGCGUGCGCAUGCCCACCCACUUCACGCAGCCCACCUUCAUCCGCGGCGGCCGUGUGAGCGUGUCGCCCGAAGCUUCCGCCAAGCGUCCCGUCACGUUUGGCAUUCGCGACUUCAACCGUCCUGCAUUCCAUCAUGCCGACGCAGUCUCGGGCGACCGCCACAAGACUCCUUAUUCCGCCAUGGCGGUCAAGCGCAGUGCUCCAGCCAAGCGUUCCGACAUCAUGUCGUCCUCGCCCAUCUCGGCUGGCGUGGCCAAGUUCGAGAGCGAACCCGGCGCACCGCUCACCUAUGUGCCUUUCCCAUGCGCUGCACGCAGCCUGGGCCGAUUCCACAUUAUGCGCGCCAACCCCUUCGCCCACGAGCAGAUGGACGUCGACGACGACGACGAAGAGGAAGACGACGACGAGAACGACUUCCACCAGGCCAUGCUCGACGCCGACUUUGACUUUUUCGAUUCGCAAAAGGCCGACGGCAACGCCACCAACAACCUCUGGAACGUCUCGCAGCGAGCCGCCACCGAGGAUGCCGCCGUCGAGGACGACGACACGCCCGCCACCACGCCGAGGAGCCCGCAGUCGGGGUGCGACCUGCCUUCGCCCGACAGCCCUCGCUGCAAGUCGGAAGACGAGGCUCAGCCGCUGCGCACCGACGACUCGGGCAUGGCGUUCAAUGCGGUGCGCGACUCGGUGUUUGUGCACGCGCUGCCCACGACGCAGGUGGGAGCGGACAAGGCGUGCCAGCACGCGGGCUCGCUCACGCUCUCGCUGCCCUACACGCCGGGCGUGGCGGUGUCUUCUCCGCAGCUGCGCGCCAGGGAGCUCGAGUUGGACGGAGGCGCUGGAGUGCGAGGCACGGGCGAUGCAUCGAGCCUCACGCAGACGGGCACGCCGGUGCUGCAGCGUCGCAAGCAUGCGGCGCUGGGCGGGGAUGGCGCGCACGCGCUUGCGCCGCUCAAGCUCGGGGCGGAGCUGAUGGAGCGAGGCUCGUCGCACUCGGCGACGUACAUGCAGCUGUCGCCGAUGAUCGAGAUGGACUCGCCUCUGCUCAGCCCGGGCCUCACGCUCGGCAUGCACGCCAUGCACGCCAAGGGCACCGACCUCCCGAGCCCCUUUAUCAUGGGUGUCGACUCGCUGCCUGAGCUCGAGCAUCCUGCUGCGCUCGAUUUGGCGGCUGCCGACGGCUCGACCACGCCCAAGACGUUCCAUCCCGAGGCGAUGGACGAUGCCGUGCUGCCCGCCGCGACGACUGUGAGCACUGCAGCCAGCCAGACGGUGGAGGCGCCCUCGGCACCCAAGCCGGAGCCCAAAGUGGCGCCUGCCAAGGUGGAGAAGCCGGCUGCGCGUCGGCCUGCACUGCCACCGCCUCGUCAGAUCCGAUUUACGACCCUGGACACGCCUAGCAACGAUGCGACUGCUGCCACCCUCCCUCGCGGCGCCCCCCAGCAGCAGCAGCAGCAGCAGCAGCAACAACAGGCGUCGACUUUGCAGCAGCAUGCAACGAGUGGCAAAGUGGAGCAAGCUACGCCGGAGCUGGUGCACUCGAGCUCGUCGUCGCCCGACUCUGGUUCGGAUUCGCCGAGCCCCGUGUCGCAGGCGGGAUCGAGUGGAUCGGGCGAGGCCGAGGUGGAAUCGCUCCUGUUCGGGCCUCCUGAAAAGCUGGAGCUGCACGAGCUCGACAGUGCCUGGAACGGAUCCAAGGCGGCAGCGCUGCGUCUGACCCAAGUGCGCCAUGUCGACGUCGGUGCCUCUCGCACGUAA